GGAUGUAUAUAUGUUCAGCGCAGCCCGCUCAGGGUUUACUUUAAAACGGGACUCCAAUAACUUAACUUUCGGCUUUUUCUAUUAAAGGACCAUUUUUGGUAUUUCAUGUGAACAGUGUUACAUUUAUUUCAAACACCGUCUCAGGUUUUUGAGGGUGGUUUUAUCUGGCAGUGAAGGGAAGAAGCAGAGUUUCUUCAAGAGUUUCUCUCAACUUUAAAUCCCGGUCUGUAAGCCAUGGCGUGCGAAGUAAACGGUAUGUCGGAUGCGAGGAUAGGAGAAGCCCUGAUCAAAGAGGUCAUAGAGGAGGAGCUGAAGGACGUGCCCUCAGAGGAGGUCCCGCCCUUCAGUCCGCUCGCUGCCAGAGUAGAGAGUGAGCAGGAGCAGAAGCUGGUGACUCAGCUGGCCAAAAUGGUGUGCAUCAUCGGGGAUCGUGUCGCAGGCGACCAGGAGCUCCGAGAUGUGAUAGAUGGGAUCGCUGUUUCCUCCGGCUCUAAGCGAGACAACUUUAAAAAGGUGGCAGACAAAGUGUUUGAGCAUGGGAUCACCUGGGAGAGGAUCGCUGUGCUCUUCUACGUCGCCGGCAAGCUGGCUGUGAAGAUGGUGGAGGCUCAUCUCCCCGAGUCAGUGAAUAAGAUCCUGAGAUGGACUGUGGAUUUCUUCAAAAACAAUCUACUAGCCUGGAUUCGGGAUCAAGGAGGAUGGAUCUACAGCUUCCCUGAGCUGGCCCAGUCGUCCAUGCAGAGCGUGUCCACGAUGAGCGCUCACAGCUACGGCCUCGUCCUCAUCUUCGUCGCCGGCCUGGCUGUAGGAAGCAUCAUCACCUGGAGACUAAGCAGAAACUGAGGCACACACACACACACACACACACACACACACACACACACACACACACACACACACACACACACACACACACA